CUGUAUGUGAUUAAUAUUGAGGUGACAUCCUUUAAUCUCAUUGAUUCCAUCAGUUUUGUAACAUAUAUUAUUUAUAGUAUACAUUUUUUACGGAUCUAACGGAGUGAGGAGCAAAAGAUGGGAGAGCAUAGAGAAAGGAAAACUCCAAUGAUUGCAGCGAAGGAGACUGCUCUUCCGUAGAUGCAUCUUCUAUUUACCAUGGAGUGAUCUGUAACUAAAGCUGCAAUGCAUGGUGCAUUAAACUGUCCCGGUCCUGGACGGUACAACCUGCCCCCUACAGUAGGGUUUGUUGGCCACGACUAUACUAAAUACUCCAGUCCAGCAUAUUCUUUCCAUGGACGCACAAGUCACUCUGCUCAUCUCAGCGAUUGUAGUCCAGGACCUCAGUAUUAUGUGGAGCCAAGCCUAACGCGUUUUGGCCGGAGUGCUGGUCCUGCUUACUCCAUGCUGGCACGUGGCAAAUCAGCAGAUAAUAAAGAGACAGUUCCAGGUCCUGGAAUUUAUAGACCUGAGAAAUGCAUUAUUCCAACAUAUCGGAAGCCACCAUCAUACUCCAUGGGCUCUAGAACGAGAUACAGAACCAUAGAUCAGAUACCAGCUCCAAACACAUAUUCCCUGCCUCCAGUAGUGGGUCCCCGUGUUCCGUUGAAGGCAUCUGCACCUGCUUUCAGCCUCUCUGGCAGAAUACAUCGUGGAGGGCAUUCUGAAGAUUUGGCUCAUACACCUGGUCCAGCUCAUUAUAAACAAACAAAUAAUAACCUCUAUAUGAGAAGAAGUCCUGCAUACUCCAUGCUUGGGAGGCAUCACAUUUCAAAAGCAGAAUCUGUGGCCCCAGGUCCUGGAGCUCAUAGUCCAGAGAAAGUAGCAAAUCACAAUAACAAAGCACCUGCAUACUCAAUGGGUAUUCGACACUCUGAAUAUAUCACUCCUCUUAUAAUAGAAGUACCAAACUGACUUUUACCAUA